AUGCUGAGUUGCAUUGGUGGGAGCGCGCGGGAAGGCUCGAGACGUGUGGGCGUGUGGUUUUAUCGCUCGGUCCAGGGAGAAGAAGUGGGCCGCCAGUUGUGGUCGGGUCGAUCGAGAGCCGAAGGGAGGCGGAAGGGCAGCGCGGGCGGAUGGAGCAGCUUCAGGCGUGGCGACUGGUCCGGGUCUCUUGCCGCCCCGUCCGGUGCAGAGAGAGACAGCCCGACCGGCUCCCCACCCUGCCCAAGGCAGGAGGCGAACGCGUAUACACACGGACAGACACACCGACUUUGGGCUGGUUACGCCUCCGAAUGCGAGUCUGUUUGCUCACGUCCUCGAGAGCGUCUGGUGCGCAGUGCCCCAGCGCAAAAACACAGCACCACGACAGCCGCCGGCUCAGCUAGCACGCCAACUCGACUCCCUCGCCCUCGCCGUAGCUACGGUGAAAGCGUCGACUUGGGGCAAAGUACGAAUGCACCAGUCUGGGCGCGUCUGUGGCUGCGUCUGCGUCUGUGUGGCAGUGUGCAGCGCGUAGGUCUGUUCGCCUCGGGGAGGCGCAUUGAUGAAUCAGCCGGUGAGGCUGCCUCUGGCAACGAUCGACGCGAAGGCGACUCGAGACGCCCAGAAAUUGGCGCAUUCAUAUCACGCACCGCCAACUACCGGCACCAGCCCACACUCCCUCGCUCAUUCACUCAUUCACUCUCUCACACAGGCACAAACACAAAAAACCGCCACACACACACACACACCUACACACAGGCACACCAUGCCUACAUACAGGCAGACAAAGUAAGGAUGACAAGCGAGCAUUCAGAGGCAGGCCGACUCGACCACCAGUUUGGACACACCCUUACACUGAGCGCCUAA